AUGGCUGAAGGGAAGGGAACACAGAUUCCAAGAGUCAAACUUGGAAAUCAAGGACUUGAGGUAUCAAAGUUGGGGUUUGGAUGCAUGGGGCUGAGUUGGAUCAACUCCCCUGAGGCUGAAAAGGAAGGAAUAUCACUAAUAAAAGAUGCCUUCAGUAAAGGGAUCACCUUCUUUGACACAUCUGAUAUAUAUGGAACUGAUCAUUACAAUGAAAUUCUUGUUGGCAAGGCCUUGAAGCAGUUGCCAAGAGAAAGAGUUCAGAUAGCCACAAAGUUUGGUGUUGUAAGCUCGGGACCGCCUUGUCUGGUAGUAAGGGGUGACCCUCAGUAUGUCAGGGUAUGCUGUGAGUCUAGCUUGAAGCGUCUUGGCGUCGACUACAUCGAUCUCUACUAUCAGCACCGAGUGGAUCAAUCGGUGCCUAUAGAGGAUACUAUGGGUGAGCUGAAGAAACUGGUGGAAGAAGGGAAGAUAAAGUAUAUAGGAUUAUCUGAAGCGAGCCCGGACACAAUAAGGAGGGCACAUGCAGUUCAUCCCAUCACAGCCAUACAAAUGGAGUGGUCUCUUUGGACUCGUGAUAUUGAGGAAGAGAUUGUUCCACUUUGCAGGGAGCGUGGGAUUGGAAUUGUUCCAUAUAGUCCUCUUGGCCGUGGUUUUUUUGCUGGCAAAGCAGUUUUGGAAAAUUUGGACUCUGAAGUUCAUGCGGCCACACAUCCUCGGAUGACAGGAGAGAACUUGGAGAAGAACAAACACAUUUACCAUAGAGUAGAAAGCCUUGCUAAGAAACAUGAAUGCUCUCCUGCUCAACUAGCCCUCUCAUGGGUUCUCCACAGAGGAAAUGAUGUUGUUCCUAUCCCUGGGACAACAAAAAUUAAAAACCUGGAUACAAACAUUGGCUCCGUAGCGCUGAAACUCAGGGAAGAGGACCUGAAAGAAAUUUCUGAUGCCGUUCCUCUCGACCAAGUAGCUGGUGAGAAAACUUACGAAAACGCGAGUCAUGUGCAAUGGAAAUUUGCCAACACUCCUCAAAGGAAUCCAAAUUAG